AUGGACGUUGAACGCGAUAAAUCGCGGGAUGCGAAUGCUCGCGCAGCAGCUGGGGCAUUCCUAGCCGGCUUGAAGACGAAGAACGACGAGAAACGGGUGAAAACUGCUAAGGAGUUGUUCAAGUUUGUAGCCGGCGAGCUCAAAGAUGAGGCUCCUGAGUACAUGCAAGAGUUCAUCUCAUUCCUUGACACUAAAAGUGAUCAGAGCGCCGUUCAUGAAUGUAUAUAUAGCCCGGAUUUGGACGAGAAAAAAGCUGGAAUUUUCUUGAUUGUGUGCUUGGCAGAAACGUCAAUCGAUGGUGAAUCGAAUCGAGUGGUCCGUUUUGCUAACUUCCUUCUAAAAGUCCUCACCAUGCCAAAUAUGGAUGAGGCCGGAAUGGAGUUAGCCACCAGAGCACUAGCAUUCCUGAUUCAGACUUCCAAGUCUUAUGCUGCAGAACUUGUGGAAAAGUGUCUUGAUCAGUGUUUGGAAUGGCUUGAGGAGCCUACAAGAAAUGAGCAACGACGAUUGGCUUCAGUACUGUUGGCUCGGGAACUCGCUAUGUUUACCGCUACUUCGUUUUUCCUACGAGCUAAUGUGUUUUUCAAGAGUAUUUUCACUGUGAUUAGAGAUCCAAAGCCGCAAAUUCGGAUUGCAUCCAUAAACGCCCUUCACGCAGCCCUUACCAUUACCUCGCAGAGAGAGGCGAAGUUGAAAACGGAGUGGUACACGAAAUGCUAUGCGGAGGCGCUAAAUACUAUGAAGAUCAACGAUCUUCCGAAGGAUGAUCGGACGCAUUCGAUGCUCUUGGUUCUCAAUGAGUUAGUUCGUAUAGCAGACGCCACCUAUGAAAGGACUCGUCUUGAAGCACUUGGUAUCCGUCAAACAGAAACUUCAAUAGCCACGCCCAUCGAAUGGUUAACACAACCAAGGGUAGCCAAUACUGUGGAAAGUAGCACCGCACGCGCGUUGGUAAUGACCAACUUUGCUGAGAUCUGCGGUCAUGCGAAAGCAGCGGCAUUCAGCUGCGGUCGUUCGGUUCCCGUUCAUCAAACGCUUUUGGAACUUUUCCCUCGGCUUUCAGCAUGGGAUCAAUGUGAUCCAUCUCUGUGCAAAGUUAUGUUUGAGCAUGCAAAGAAUAUAGUACAAAAGAACGGUAAUGCUUUGGUAGCGCUGGGGUUGUUGAUGCUUCAAAAUCCAGAGCGAUAUCGAGGUAGUAUAGGACAGAUGAUGAUGGUCGUGACGGAAAUGUUGAAUACAGCAGUGUCGAAGAAAAGAACUCCUGAGCCAGCAGUUUUCAUCUUUUUAACGUUGUUUGUAAAGGCAUACAAGGCCACAGUAAUGAAUGAAAUCAAGCAACUUCUGAGUCUGCUCUUCAAAACAGGUUUAACAAAAGGUCUUACUUCUGUGAUGCAUGAAGUAGUAAGAUACAUCCCAGUCUUGCAAAUGGAUGUGCAGGAUGGCCUUAUGAAAGAAUUGUACAUGAUUUUGACAGGAUGUGUUUUACCAAGCAAACUUGAUCCACCGAAGAAACCAGUCCUACCAACUCAAACCUUGCAGGUUUCAAAUGUGGCGCUGACAGUGCUUGCAUUGGAUACCCUCGGAGAGUUUGAGUUUCAAAGACAUUACCUCGAAAUGUUUAUGCAGUACAUCUCCGAGGGAUACCUACUUUGCGACUCUGUCGCUGUGCGCCUUGCUGCUGUGAGAUGUUGCACUGCCAUAUCAAAGCCAUUUGUGAAGGUAUAUGAGAAAGUGCAUAGGGAACAUCGUCAGUGGGUUUUGGCUCUGAUCCAUGGCGUGCUAAGGAGUCUAGUAAGUGCAGGAGUGGUUGAUCCUCAACUGGAAGUUCGGCUAUGCGUGCUGGAAUGCUUCUGCGAGGCAGAUCGUGCCUUUCUUUCCCAUCUAGCGCAACCUGAAAUGCUUCAGUUACAGUUUAUGAGCUUGCAUGAUGAGAAGCUAGAAAUGCAAGAGGCAGCCGUAUGUCUCCUCGGUCGUUUGUCUGAACUGAACCCUGCUUUGGUCCUACCAAGAAUGAGGCGUGUGCUUCUAGAGACACUCAGUCAGUUGACCAACAGCGGUCAAGCUAAACUAGAACAACACAGCGCUCGACUUUUAACUCAGUUAGCUCGACAAAGCCCGAAAUUCAUGCGUCCUUACCUUGGUCCUCUCCUUCAAGCCUUGCUUCCGAAGUUGAGGAAUGAAAUGAAACACGUCGAUGUGACUGUUCAUGUUCUGCAUGCGAUUUCGGAGUUAUGUGUCGUAGGAGGAGCUGAAAUUGUCCGAAACAUUGACCCGCUCUUCCAGAAACUUACGCAGUUGAUUAAUGACUCGAGUAGUUUGCAAAGAAGAGAGGCUGCUUUACGUACCAUAGGUAGAAUAGCUCGUUCCACUGCUUAUGUUGUUGAUCCUUAUAAGGAUUAUCCAAAUCUCCUAGACGAUCUUCUGAGACUACUAAAAACCGAAAUGUCCUCCAAGAUGCGACGACAAGCAAUCAGCACACUUGGCAUCUUAGGUGCUUUGGAUCCGUACACUCAUAAGGUGUUUACUGGAGCCGUGCAGUCAGCUACUUCAAUUAGUACAGCUUUAUCGUUACCGAUGGCUAGAGACGCCGCUGAUCCUCGUCAGGAUAUUAUCCAGUGGUACAAUUAUGAGAGAUGCACAUUAGAAGAAUUUUAUCCCGCUAUAACCAUUGCUAAUUUAAUGGUUAUGGUUCAAGAUGAAGCAUUCACACAAUCCUACAAAGAAAUUGCUCAGGCCCUGUUAACGAUAUUUCGAAGUUUGGGCGAUUCGUUCCCGCAGUAUGUGCAACAGGUAGUACCCCGGCUCAUAGAAGUAACUCGAGCAUACCGUGGAAGACCAUCGCACCGCGAAUUUUUCCUUCGACAGGUUGCCAGUCUUGUAGCUAUUAUAAAAGUGCAUGCGAAACCGUACAUGAAGCAAAUCUUCAGUCUAAUUGCAGACGCAUGGAGUGAGGAUCAUGGAGUAAAAGUUACUGUAGUCAGCGUGUUGGAGCAGAUCGGAACUGCCUUGGGACAAGAAUUCGCACCUCACAUUCCCGAACUCAUACCGUAUUUGUUACGGGUUGUACAAACUGAUAGAAGUGAGGAGAGGAAACUAACCGCUCAGGUUCUAUCCUGUGUGCGAUCGUUGUCCGGAUGUUUAACCCCUCAUUUGCACUUAGUGCUCCCGCCAGUGCUGUCGAUAUUAGAUGAUUCAGCAGUUCCUAUGGGUGUUAGACAGUCAGCCUUAGAUACGGUUCUCCACCUAACACGCAGCGACGAUCUAUCUGAUUAUGCUCCUCGUUUGAUGCAAACUUGGCAAAGGGGAAUCUCGGUUCAGCCGCUUCAACCACAGUUGCUUGAAUUACUUGUUGAAAUUGUUAACCAGAUGUGGAAACACUUCGAGGUAUUCCGAAGAAGCGUCGAUGCAAAUUUACGGAGGUAUAAUCUGAACUCUGGAGAGGCCUACGAAAAGUACAUAAAAACUGCACAGCAGGCGAUGCUGCAUCCAGCUGAACGACCAGGGAAACGACGCGGUACUGGUGCUGUUCCUCCCGAAAGGAUCAACGUACCACAUACAUUUACACCGUCAGCAGCGAAAAAUAUGGAUCAGAUCUUAAGCUGGACGGUUAAUAAGCAACGGUUGAAUACUGAUGCCGUGGUGCGUGCGUGGGCGGUGGAGUCAUUGGUGUCAAAGGAGGAAUGGGCUCAGUGGUUGGUGAAAUUGCGCGUUGCUUUCAUCAAGUCGGGAAGCUCGGCAGCGAUUCGAGCAGCAGCCUCCUUAAGCGAUCAGCAUCAACAUCUGGCGAAAGAUCUGUUCAAUGCGGCAUUCAUGUCCGUGUGGACAGAAUUAACUGAAGAGUUACAAGAUCGGCUGACAGGGUCACUGUUAACUGCUCUGGAAACCAGCAACCAUCCGGACGUCAUACAAACUAUUUUGAAUCUGGCUGAGUUUAUGGAUCACUCUGAAAGAGGACCUCUGCCAAUCGCCUACGAUAGAUUGGGUAAGAGUGCUGAGGAAACCAAGGCGUACGCAAAAGCUUUGAGAUACAAGGAGCUGCAGAUCCAUAAACAUCUGAACAGAGGCGAUGGUGGUCUGACGACCGAGGAUUGUCAGGCAUUAAUAACGUAUGCGAAUAAACUUAAUGUGCAAGAAGAGGCUGCUGGGGUCGUACGUUACGCUGAACAACAUGAAAUGGUUAUACCUAUGCUCGGGAGAUGGUACGAAAAACUGAAUGAAUGGGAGAAAGCACUCGAGGCAUAUAUGACCGACCCAGAGCCAUUGUCUGAUGAGAUGGUCAGCCAUCAAAUGAGGUGCCUCGAAGCUCUGGGACGAUGGGGUGAGUUAAAUGAGCGGGCGAGGACAAUUGAGAAGAAGGACCAGAAGGUUGCGGUGAUGGCUGCGCGAGGGGCGUGGGCCGUUGGAGAAUGGCAGGCCAUGGAAGAUUACGUGGCUCAGGUUAACGAAAACACUCAAGACGGAGCAAUGCUGAGGGCGGUUCUAGCUGUUAAGAGAGACGAAUAUGAUGUGGCGAUGAAUUACAUUGAAAAAGUGCGCGACAUGUAUGAUGGAGAAUUGACAGCGAUGGCCAGUGAGAGCUAUGAGAGAGCCUAUGGAGCGAUGGUGUGUGUUCAACAACUUGCUGAGCUAGAAGAAGCUAUGGAGUUCAAGCUGAGACCUGAGCGACAAGCACGAAUUGCUUUAUUGUGGAGUAGGCGUCUUCAAGGAUGUAGGCAGAAUAUCGAACAUUGGCAGAGGCUGCUUAUGAUUAGAUCUCUUGUGCUAACUCCUCAAGAGAUGCACCCGCUAAGAGUGAAAUUCUCUUCAUUAUGCCGUAAACAGGGAAAGCACGUGAUGUGCAGAGAUGUUCUCCGGGAGCUGCUUGGACUAGAGCCCGGAGCACCUCUGCACAAAGCGCCUGUAGCGCCGAGCGACAAACCCCAACUGGUAUUGGCGUUGUGCAAACAGUUGUGGAUGGAUGAUUAUCGUAACGAAGCCGUUAGAACAUUAGAGGCACUUGUGAAUCAUUUGGAUCGCUUACCUCCGAAUCACACACCGGAAGCAGCACGACUGUGUGCCAAGGCUUGCCUUAAACUGGGAGAAUGGACUGAGAUUCUGGUUGAAAGCGCGCCUUCCACAAAUGGGAGCACAUCCUUACCUAGUCCUCAUCGGUCGGUUUUCGCUUCGUCAAUGACCGAUGAUAAGACGACAACGGAGCAGGUGAUACGUCACUACGCACGAUCCACAGAAUACGACAAAGACUGGCAUAAGGCAUGGCACAAACUGGCUUCUGCCUAUUUUUCUGCUUUGUCGCGUGAGAAAGAACUUUCCCAAGCGGUAGCAGCAGCUGUUCGGUCACCUCAUACUCGUCUUAUGCAUCCAACUCCUCCACCUCUAAUUCCACAGCCUGCCAUGGGCCUGAUGCCUCCAGUUGGUCCACCGAUACAGCAGACUCCAAUUCCUCCGCAACCGAUGCCACCGCAGCCUAUGCUGCCAGUCACAGUGAACACCACAGGAGUUCCACUGAUGCCCGUCGGUCCACCUCCACCUCCUGGUGCUCCACCAGGACCAAUAAUGCAGAUGAUUCCUCCUCAGCUUAGUCCAAUGCCUAUGCACAAUACCCCAAUGGCAACGCCUCCGCCUCCAACAGUGCCUGUAAAUAUUGCAUAUGCCGUUUCAGCAGUAAAAUGCUUCACAAGGGCUCUGCAGCUCGCUCCAGGGUCACGUCUGGAAGAUACGUUACGGCUUCUCCAGCUUUGGUUUGAUUAUGGGGAAUACAACGAAGUGUACAAACAGUUGAGCGAAAAUAUCAAAGGACUCCCAAUAGAAACAUGGCUGGAGGCGGUUCCACAGCUCAUGGCGAGGUUGGAUUCCAGAGAUAAGAUGGCAUCGCUAAUCAAGCAAGUGAUUCUCGAGAUAUCAAAAAUGAAACCUCAAGCCCUUGUAUAUGCGCUAACAGUGGCAGCAAAGUCAUCGAAUGUGGAUCGCCAAAAGAAUGCUCAAGAAAUGCUGGGAGUAAUGGCAGAAAUGCAUCCGAAGCUUGUUGAAGAGGCUAGCAUGGUGUCAGAAGAGCUGGUACGAUGUGCAAUUUUGUGGCAUGAGCAAUGGCACGACGCUCUGGAUGAAGCAAGUCGGCAAUAUUUCCAAGAGAAAAAUACCGUAGCGAUGAUGGAAACUUUGGAACCGGUUCACAAAAUGAUAGAGAAGGGUCCGACAACGCUGAAAGAGCAAUCGUUCAACCAGACUUACUACUGCGAACUUUCCGAUGCGUAUAAAUUCUGUCAAGCUUUUAAACGGACCGAGAAUGUAAAAGAGUUGACGCAAGCGUGGGAGAUUUACUGCCAGGUCUUCAAAAAGAUCACCGCUCAAUUACGGCAGCUCACAUCACUUGAUCUGAACUAUAUUAGUCCGAUGUUGAUGAGAGCGAAGGAUUUGGAACUAGCAGUGCCCGGGACCUAUGAUCCAUCACAGCCAGUGGUGGGCAUUGCGUCAAUUGGCACUCAUCUGCAAGUGAUUAGUAGUAAACAACGACCGAGGAAGAUGACUAUAAGAGGGAGCAACGGACGGGAAUACGCGUUCUUGCUCAAAGGUCAUGAGGAUCCGCGACAAGACGAACGAGUUAUGCAGUUGUUUGGCCUGAUCAACACCCUACUAGUUAACAAUGCUGAAACUUGCAGAAGAAAUCUCACCAUUCAAAGGUACUCCAUCGUUGCGCUCAGUCACAACUCUGGUCUUAUUGGGUGGGUGCCAGACUGCGAUACAUUACAUUCGCUGGUGCGGGAUUACCGAGAUAAAAAGAAGAUGUCUCUUUCGCUCGAGCAUAAAGUGAUGCAGUCACUAGCGCAAGAUACUGAGCAAGUAACUCUUAUGCAGAAGGUGCAACUUUUCGAAAGAGCACUUGCGUCAACAACUGGAGACGAUCUUCAGCAGAUUCUUUGGCUUAAAAGCCCCAGUUCUGAAGUAUGGUUUGAUCGGCGUACGAACUACACGAGAUCAAUGGCGUGUAUGUCAAUGGUUGGGUAUAUUUUGGGACUAGGUGACCGACAUCCGUCGAAUCUUAUGCUGGAUCGGUUAACGGGUAAAAUAGUGCACAUUGAUUUUGGCGAUUGUUUCGAUGUGGCUAUGACAAGAGAAAAAUUCCCAGAAAAGAUUCCAUUCCGACUGACUCGAAUGCUUGUGAAGGCUAUGGAAGUUACGGGAAUCGAAGGAAAUUAUCGAUUCACUUGUGAACGAGUGCUGCGAUUGCUACGAGCCAACCGCGAAAGUUUACUGGCUGUUCUGGAAGCCUUUGUAUACGAUCCUGUGAUCAGCUGGCGAUUACUCGAAGGAACAAAACGUGUGCCCGGUGAGAAGCAUGACGUCACCAGAAGAAAGACGUUACAGGAAGCACCUCGUAUUGUUAGAGAACGUGUUAUUGAUCGAAUCAAGCACAAGUUAGCAGGUAGUGAGUUUGGCACCGGCGAAGUAGAUGUACAGGAACAAAUCGAUCGAUUGGUCGAACAAGCAACAUUACAUGAGAAUCUUUGCCAAUGUUAUAUAGGAUGGUGCCCGUUCUGGUAA